AUGAGUACCCUCAAUUGGAACUGUCGUGGCUUGGGCAAUCCACGAACAGUUCAGCAGAUAGUGGACUGGGUGUCCAGUAAGAAGCCAGAGUUUGUAUUUUUUAUGAAGACGAAAGUGGGGCGGAGUCAUGCGGAGAGACUUCGAGUUAGGAUAGGGUACGAAGGUUUGUUCUAUGUAGACAGUAAUGGGUUGAGUGGUGGGUUGGCUUUGCUAUGGCGCAAGAAUAAUAUGGCGAAGUUGCUUAGCUACUUAGGGAAUUAUGUAGAUGUUGAGGUAGCUAUGCCGGGGAGUGCAACGUGGUGUAUGACUGGGUAUUACGGCUUCCCGGAGCGUAAUAGACGACAAGAGGCAUGGAAUUUGCUACGGUCCUUGGCAAACCGAUCACAACUACCAUGGGUGGUGAUUGGUGAUUUCAAUGAUUUACUAUUCCAGAGGGAAAAGCGUGGGGGAAAUCCACACCCGAAUGGUCUCCUACGCGGCUUUGGGGAAACCAUAGAUGAUUGUGGGUUGGCGCAGAUGCCCAUGCAAGGGUAUCCUUAUACGUGGAAGAAGAGAGAAGGGACGGAGAACUGGUUGGAGGAAAGGCUGGAUAAGGUGCUAGUAACUGAGUCGUGGAGGAGGUUGAAUGUGCGAGCCAGUGUGUUGAACAUGAUGACGCGCAAGUCUGAUCAUUCGGCUUUAUAUCUGGGAAUCCGGGAUGAUAUAAGGGGGAUGGGGCGAGGAGCGAAGUGUUUCAGAUUUGAAAUGUCUUGGCUUCAUGAUGAGGGGUGUAGGGAGGUGGUGGAGAGAGCAUGGGGGGAGGGAAGAAUUAUGGGGCUACAGGAUUGCCUUCAGUUGUGUGGGAGGAGGCUAACUACCUAG